AUGGAUCCGUUGUCCAUCACCGCCAGUGUCGCUGGACUGAUAACACUUGCAGGAGUCAUCAUCUCGAAAGGGUUUCAAAUCUCGGACAGGUUUACCAAUACCGAGAAAGAGCUGAAUUCGCUUCUAAAUGAAGUUUCCAGCUUUUCUGGUCUCUUAGUUGGUGUGCAGUCACAUUUUGAACAGCAUCAAGCUUCAACCCCUUUUUCCAUAUACUCUCUGAACCUACCAAGGCUCAGCGAAAGGGACCAAUCACCAACGACUCCAGCCGGGCAUCUUUAUACUGCUCUCAAUGAUUGCAAGUCUAUAUUAGAAGAUGUGAAAAGGUUGGUAGAAAAAAUAUCCAUCACGCCCUCCUUCCAACUGGUUCUUCGCCGUGAGGUCUUUUUAAAAGAGGCUGUCAAACACGCUGCCAAACUAGAGCGUUACAAAUCCUUUUUUAUACUAGCCUUUCAGAUAAACAGCUGGUAUGAACGCCUUAAUUAG